GACCCAUUUCGUCUGUUACAACAAGUGGGUGAUUCUCGCAAACUUUUUUUCAUAAAGCUUUCACCUACAAGUACUGAGACGUCUGCACAACUGGGCAAUCAACCUGAAUUGUCCAUGAUCUAUGCCAAUUGUGCUAAUUAAACCGACCAGCAGCAUAUUCUAUAGACGAUUUGGUCUGAUCUCGAACACUUGUUCCAAACUCCUUGUCACCUCUCCACUACCACUCCAAUUCAAGCCAUUCGGCUCAAAGUUUCACUGCCAGCAACACAGAGGCAUGAAAGCCUAUCUACAGGUCAUUGGAGGUGUCAAUAAGGAACGAGCACCUUCAUUGAUAUUACACUAUGAUAAUCAACGAUACAUGUUUAACUGUGGCGAAGGUACUCAGCGACUAUGCGUCGAAAACAAGCUCAAACUCGCCAAAAUGAAAAAUAUAUUUUUAUCAAGAGUCGAUUGGGAUUGUGUUGGUGGUCUUCCUGGUAUGCUGCUCACUCUAGCGGAUGGGGGCAUCAAAAAUAUUUCGUUGCAUGGACCUAAAAAUUUGACACAUUUUAUGGUCUCAACGCGACAUUUUGUGUAUCGCACUAGCAUGUCUGUGGAGACACAUGAAUUCCAACAUGAUAGCGACUUGUUUCAGGACGAAAAUCUGAGAGUUGUACCCGUCAUUGCAUAUCCAACCUCGUAUGUGCCCGAGCUUGAAGAUAAGGAUUCCGUCUUAAAGAAUCAAGAGCCCUCUCAGAGAAAAAGAGCUUUGUCAAAAUCUGGCUCCUCAAGUGACGAAAGUGAUUCGGAUUUGCAACAAUUGUCACCACGAGCGCAACAAAAGUACAGAAAGAAAGUUUUGACAAAAAUGUUCGUACCUUCAUCGCCAGGAAAUAACGAUCAUCUGAGAAAAAAAGGAGCUGGCUAUAUACUCCAGGAACAAAAGCAGAGUGAAGACUUAGCGAACGCUGCUAACGCGAAAGUCUAUCAACCGGCAUCAGACGAAUCUCAAGCAAUUGUUCAAGAAAUAGGCGAGGAUGUCCAACCUCCUCGAAAAAAGCCUACUGUGCAACAACAGCAAAAUGCAAACCGAACGCGGUAUAUGAAUCGAAGGCUACCUAGCACCAAGCCCAUACCAGCUGCUAUAUCAUAUAUUUGCCGUGGACCAGAAGUGAAGGGAAAAUUUAACAAGGCUGCUGCGGUUGCAUUAGGCAUAAAACCUGGCCCAAUGUACGGAAAGCUGCAUCGUGGUGAAAGCAUUACUUUAGAUGAUGGUACAGUGGUCACUCCAGAUCGAGUUUGCGACCCACCAAUACCUGGUCAUGUUUUCAUCGUCGUGGAUUGUCCUUCCCCUGAAUACAUCCGAUCACUGACUUCUUCUAGCCUCUUUUCGGAGCAUCAAGGCGCAGUAAAUGGUAGCAGACUUUCUGUCAUUGUCCAUAUGUUGGGUAAAGACGUAUUAGAGAAUCAGCAGUAUCAAGAGUGGAUGAAUACAUUUCCCUCAAAUGUUCAGCAUAUCAUCGGUAAUCAAGAAUACAAUUCACAUCCAGUGUUGUUCGACAGCCAUGCAUUGAGUCAAUUGAAAUUAUCAAGGCUCAACAAUGAGAUGUUCCCAAUUCCUUGGUACUCCAAUUCGCCUGAAAAAGAUCUCACUGAGAUACCUGCUCUUCCAAAACUUUCUCAUCCAAUGGAGAAUUUGUUACAGUUUGAUUUAGAGCCAAAGCCCAAGUUGCAAAAGUUGCAAAACAAGCUUUUUGACCAUAUCGACCCUAAUAGCGAAGCAAAUCAAGCUGUGGAAGGCUUAACAGAAUAUCUGGCUGACGCCAACGAGGCCAAGCAAGCUAUCAUGGACGUAGAUAGCGCAGAUGAUGCUCCUGGAGCAAAUGUAGAAAUCACCACUCUAGGAACCGGUAGCUCUGUGCCUUCCAAGUACAGAAAUGUGAGUGCAACAUUAGUGGAGAUUCCAGAUAGUGGGUCGAUCUUAUUGGACGCUGGCGAAAAUACAUACGGGCAGAUGCUAAGGAUUAUGGGACGAGACGGCAUCGACAAGGCUGUCAAUAACUUGAAGGCUAUCUUUGUUUCUCACUUGCAUGCGGAUCAUCAUCUUGGCGUUGUUCAUAUAUUGGCGAAGUGGUCUGAGCUGAACCGAGGUAAUGAUCAAAAAAUGUAUGUCGUGUCUCCAUGGGCAUUCAAGCUAUGGUUGGAAGAAUAUAGCGACGUUCAAGAUUUUGGGAUCAAGAACAUAAUCUUUAUCAACAACGAGGAUGUACUAUACGAUAAAGAAGUCGAACCAAGAGCAAAGCAAAGACUGGAAAACAUGCAGGGUGCGCUAGGCUUAGAAUCAUUAAAGACAGUACAUGUAAUUCACUGUCGGUGGGCAUAUGGUGUAUCGCUGAAGCACAACUCAGGCUGGAAGCUUGUCUACUCUGGUGAUACUCGACCAUGCCCGAAACUUGUCGAGGUUGGCAAGGACGCUACAGUUCUGCUCCAUGAAGCUACCUUAGAAGACGACAUGGUUGAGGAAGCCCUUGCCAAGCGACAUAGCACGACGAAAGAAGCGGUUCAAAUAGGGCAAGAAAUGAACGCCAAGUAUACGCUUCUCACUCAUUUUAGCCAACGCUAUCCGAAGAUUCCAGUAUUUACAGACGCUCAUAAUCAGGUUGGAAUCAGCUUUGAUAUGAUGCGCGUCAAGAUAAGGGACCUGCCUACGCUACCAAAGUAUGUCAAGGCGCUCCAGACUUUGUACAAAGACACCGAAAAGGAGGAAGUAGAAGAUUUAGGAUUAUAAAAGCAAAAAAAUUCAGUUUAGACGGCAGAUGAUAAAAUUUUCCAUUGCCAAAUUCAUCAACCUUGAGACGUUUGUCAUGCCAGUACUUUUUUUUUAAACAAUGAACUGAUGUGCGCUUUAUCAGGUGCAGCUUAAAAGCAGC